AUGACGGCGGCGCAGAAGACGGAGGCUGCGCCCCCCGGAGCUCUGCGGAGCAUCGGCAGCGCGAGGUUCGGCCCCGGGCCCGCGAGCCCGGAGGAGCUGGCGUGCGCGUCUCCAGGGUGCCCGUACAAGGCACACCGGAACACCAUGGAGUACGGUGGAUACUGCUGCAAGAUCUGUUUCUUCUACGCCAAGGGGGACCGGCACGACGCGAACUGCGAGCUCCGCGACGCCCCCAAGGACGCUUGCAGGGCCAACGCGACGUGGCUCCCGAUGUGGCGCGAGGACCUGCUGGAGCGGACGUGGACGCAGCACCUCUUCUCCGUCGGCUGCACGCCGGGCGACUGGGCGGCCGAGGACGACGAGGACGCGGAGGGCCAG